AUGAAAAAUUGCUAUCGAAGAGUCGAUGAACUAUUGGAAUUGACGAAGCAACGGUUCGAUUUAGCUCACCAAUUGAAUACAAUGAAAGAGUCGGCGGGUGCUGUGAUCAGAUGCCUCAAUAUUUCACUUAAAUCUUCAUGUCAUUUGAUCGCAAGAACGAUCAUCGAAAUGAUCACACAUGGCCAGUUCCAAGCAAUCUGUACAAACAUUGAGCUAUUGAUGGAACGUUUUCGACGAGAGAAACAUUACCCCAAUCAUGGUUGGACAACCUCCAAUCUAAUCGAGGAUGCUCAAAAGAGGAAAUUCUGGGGAACACUUAGCAACGAGGAACAUGAAGAUGCCGGACUCGUUUUGAAAUGGAAUCGUCAACGAGGGAAGAAGAAUUUUAUUCCCAUCAACGAUUUACUCAAACGUAUGUGGUCACGAUCGGAAUCAACAACUAUGGUGACCACACUCAUGAGUACCAAGUUCGGCUUGCUCACUGACACAAAUGAAAAUAUCGAGGUGAGUGUAGAAAAAAAAAGAAAGAAUGAUAUCAACGGUAACACAUUCCGUAAAGCUGAUGCCAUUGCUCUUGCCAACUUUUAUUGCAUCGCUUUACCAAAUAUGAAAUAUGAAAUUAUUGCAAGUUUAGUUCAUCUCCCAGAAAACUCGUCGUAUUGGUUUACUGAUGUACAGAAUAGUUUAAAUCUAACCACGGCCACUACUACUGAAAACGACGACAAAUUUUUGAAAAAACGAAAAUUGGAAGCUAGAGACCAAGAGAACGACAUUCAAUAG